AGCUUCCAUCCUCCGCCUGGGGUGGCAGGGAAAAAGCAAAAGUCCCGCCAUAGCUCGUGCGCUCACACUUCUCCGCAUCGCACGUAUCCCCUUCGCCAACAACACCGCCAGUCCGUCCUCCUUUACACGCGCCCCGUAUCGUCGUCGCUCAGUCUUAUCCCGGGUGUGACAAUUCACUCGCUACCCUAAACGAGCUUGCCCGCUUUCUUUCAAAUUCCACGGGAACAUUUUUUCGGACUUACCUUCCUUACCGCCAUUCGAUCUUGACUCAUAGUCGCAAUGUCUUCAGACAAGCCCCUCCCCUUCAUAUAUCAGUUCGCCGCCGGUGCGGUGGCCGGUGUAUCGGAGAUUCUGGUCAUGUACCCAUUGGACGUGGUGAAGACUCGAGUUCAAUUGCAAACAGGCAAGGGCGUUGGCGAGGAUGCGUACAGUGGCAUGCUGGAUUGCUUCCGCAAGAUCAUCAAGAAUGAAGGCGCCAGUAGAUUAUACCGUGGUAUCACCGCCCCGAUCAUGAUGGAAGCCCCCAAACGUGCCACCAAAUUCGCGGCCAACGAUGAAUGGGGCAAAAUCUACCGCAAUCUCUUUGGCAUGCCUAAGAUGAACCAAUCCCUUUCCAUUCUCACCGGUGCUUCCGCCGGAGCGACGGAAGCGUUCGUCGUCGUGCCUUUCGAGCUCGUCAAGAUCCGCAUGCAGGAUAAGGCACAGGCGCACAAGUAUAACGGAAUUGUAGACUGCGUGCGCAAAGUCGUCUCUCAGGAAGGCGUACUGGCGUUGUACCAAGGCCUCGAAAGCACGAUCUGGAGACACGUCAUGUGGAACGCUGGCUACUUUGGCUGCAUUUUCCAAGUACGCACUCUGAUGCCGCAGGCGAAGGACAAGAAGGGCCAGAUCACGAACGAUCUGGUUUCCGGCGCUAUCGGCGGCACGGUCGGCACUGUGCUGAACACGCCGAUGGACGUGGUGAAAUCACGAAUACAGAACUCUCCCAAGGUUGCAGGAUCGGUCCGCAAGUACAACUGGGCGUGGCCCGCUCUCGGCCUGGUAUAUAAGGAGGAGGGUUUCGCCGCUCUGUACAAGGGCUUCCUACCCAAGGUGUUGAGAUUGGGUCCAGGUGGUGGUAUCUUGCUUGUCGUCUUCACUGGCGUCAUGGAUUUCUUCCGCAAGAUCCGUGGUGAAUAGAUAGUUGGGGUGGGCCAUAGAAGAUAUCCUGUAAAAAUGUGCUGCUAUAGAAGGUCCUGUUCGCAAAGACGCUCAGGACACGUGGAAAGCUUCGUACCAACUGGGGAAUGUUGGGCUGUAUCAACUGAUUUUUAGAGCAGAGCACAGCAUUUUACUACCUGCAAAGCCUGGUGUUGUUGGCUCAUGAGCGUCUAGAGCAUUGCCACCCUUUUUUUGAGACCUCUAUAGAGUGAGUAUACAUCAAAGCUUAAAAAAAAUACAACUGUCGAACUCCGAAA